AUGCGCAAAACUCGGUCGAUGAUGAUGUUCCUGUGUGCACACGGGUCUCUCAUCCUCCCUUGGCUGAUAUCAGAUCCAUUCGCACAGACAUGCUUUUUGGGUUGGAAAAGCCUCGUCAAGGGAAAGGCGUCCUCCCCACUCGUCUGGAGGCGGCCGGUGGCUGGCCUUGGCGGAACUUCUUUGAAGGUGGGAGAUGCUGCAUUGGGUCUAGCGAGGAGCUCUCCUCUCCUCUCCUCUUCUGCUCUCUGA